CCGGAAUGUGGGCUCAAAAAUUCCCAGAUAUGUUUUCAAAGCAUUAGAGCACACUGGCAGCGGUCUUCUGUGGCUGCCACUAGCGCCUGUGGUAUUCCUUGCCCCAUCAGCAUCCCCCCUUGUGCGCACAUGCGCUGCAAACUUGCUGGUGGGGCUUCUGGUGGACAUCGCCAUUGUAGGCACCCUCAAGGGCCUGAUGCAACGGGCUAGGCCAGUCUACAAUAACGCUGGUGACUUCCUCCUCGUUGUGGCAGUUGACAGCUUCUCCUUCCCUAGUGGACAUGCAGCCAGGGCAAUGUUUCUGGCACUGUACGCGCUGGUGUGGCUGCAGCAAGGCAGCCAGAUGGCCUGGGCUGUGCCCAUCAUUGUCUGGGGCCUGGCGACAGCAUUCUCUCGCUGCCUCAUGGGUCGCCAUUUCCUUGGAGAUGUCCUGGCUGGCCUGCUGGUGGGAGUCCUCACCACUGCAGUCGUGACACAGGGCACAUUCGCGCUUGGAGGCCUGUGGAUCCCAGCGGCACAAGCGAGCGCUUUGCAUGCGCAUAUCAUGGAUCAAAUCCAUGCACUCAUGCCUCAACGUCUGUGAUUCAGGGAGAGAGAAUGACAUUGCAGGACAAGUAUUAUCUCAUCCAUGCCAUGGUUGAGCCCAGUGCUGAACAUAGAAUUUUCAAGGAUCCUGACUUCUGAAUUGCCAGUAGUAGUGGAUUCAGUGAGGUAAUCGCGGAUUUGUAAAGUCAGCACCAAACCCUGGUGCUCCUUGU